UGCGCCGUGGCGGUUGCUGGGAAACCGCGCGGACACCAGACAGACCUACUGGUGUUUGGGUUUUCCGCUGGAAGUUGUAAGCCGCCCGAACGGGAGAGGGAGUUUAGUCUGCCGAGAUGGCUUCCAAAAGGAGAACUUUGAGCUUCAGUGAAAGGCAUCAGAAUUUAGUAGAUAUAAACUAUUGCAAAAAAUUGCAUGUCGAGGCACUACAAAGGCUACAGAAUCAAACCAGGGACCGAAUGGUGCAGAGUGAGAAUGAUGACAGGGCUGAGCGCAAAAGGUUCCUCAGAUUAUUACAGGAUGAACAAUUUGAGUUGGAUAUGGAAGAGGCCAUUCAAAAGGCAGAAGAAAACAAAAGAUUGAGGGAACUCCAGCUUGAACAAGAAGAAAAAUUGGCUGCAGAACUGGCAAAACUAAAAUGUGAAAGUCUAAAGGAUGAAAAGUUGAGGCAACAAGUAAGAGAAAACAGUGCUGAGCUCAGAGAAUUGGAGAAGAAAUUAAAAGCAGCUUACAUGAAUAAAGAAAGAGCAGCUCAAAUUGCUGAAAAGGAUGCCAUUAAAUAUGAGCAAAUGAAACGUGAUGCUGAAAUAGCCAGAACGAUGAUGGAGGAGCACGAGAGGUUGAUAAAGGAAGAGAAUGCCGCAGAGGACAAACGAAGCCAAGUAAAAGCACAGUACAGUCAUGACUUAGAGAAACAGCUUGAAGAACAAGAGAAGAAAAAGCAGGAAGCUUAUCAGCAGUUGCUGAAAGAGAAGCUCAUGGUUGAUGAAAUUGUUAGGAAAAUCUAUGAAGAAGAUCAAUUGGAAAGACAGCAAAGGUUAGAGAAAAUGAAUACAACUCGAAGGUAUAUAGAAGAGUUUCAGAAAGAGCAGGCUCUCUGGAGAAAAAAGAAACGUGAUGAGGAUGAUCGAAUAGAAUUAAUGAAUGCUCAGAAGCAAAGAAUGAAGCAGCUAGAACACAAGAGGGCUGUGGAAAAACUUAUAGAAGAGCGCCACAACCAGUUCCUUGCAGACAAACAACGUGAACUGCAGGAAUGGCAGUGGCAGCAAAAAAGACAAGGAUGUAUAAAUGCAAUUGUCGAAGAAGAAAGACUAAAACUUCUUAAAGAACAUGCUACAAAACUACUAAGGUAUCUCCCUAAAGGAGUAUUCAAAAAUGAGGAUAUUGAUAUGCUUGGUGAAGAGUUUAGAAAAGCAUAUCAGAAAAGGAGUGAAAUUUGUGAGAAGUGA